AUGUUUAGUUCGAAACUAUUAAAUAUAGUGAAACUAAAUCGUUGUAUCAAUCCGAAAACAUUUGCCAAACAGAAUGUAUCAUUUCAAUGUACUCAGAAGCGACACAAAAGCGACUUAUACGAGCCUGAUUACCUCAUUAGUAUGCAACCCGAUGAACCUGUCUAUAAUUUAAUAAAUUUGCAACUUAAGGGUUAUGACUUCACUCUACUUGAAUCAUGUCAAAAAGAAAUACAUAGAUAUGCUGAAGUAAUGGGAAUCGAAGUUGAAGAUGGUUGGGCAACACCAGCUCAACAGUUGAAGAUUCAAAGAUUUAGGCCUAAUAGCACAGCCGUGGAAUCUGAAUAUCAUCUUAAUGUUUAUGAAAGGAAUGUUCAGGUUUCAGAUGUCCCGGCGUGGGCACUGGGGACGCUUCUUCGAGUUUCGCGCGCACUUCUUCCCGAAGGUUGCACCCUAAAUGUUCACGAACACACACAAGCUCAUGACGAAAUAAGAUACGUACCUGACAACGAUUUGAUAGAACUCAAACAACAGCUGGAGGAAAUGGGCGGCAGUCGCGCUGAACGGAAGAAGAAGAAAUAA